AAGGAGGCGCGGGGCGUGCAGGAGGUGCCGGCCCGGCCCCUCGCCGCCGCCGUCGGACCAGUCGGACGGCUUCGGCCCGGCCCGCCCCGCCCCGCCGCCCUCCCGGAAACCCAGCGCCCGGGCCGCGAGCACCCGAGCCGGCGGCCCAACCCGCCCGGUCGCCGCCCCGCCGCGCUCGCCGCCCCCGGCCCGCUCCGGGCACUGCGCCCUGGGGCGCCCGGGUCGGCGAGAGUCUGCGGGAAAUGGGCUCGGGCACAAGGGAAGGGCCGGGCUGGGGGCGCCCCCGCCGCCGCCCCCGACAGUGACGCGAGCCGGGUUGAUGCCAAAGCCCCGCUGCCCUUCGGGCCUGGCUGCCUCCAUCGCCGCUGUCCUUGUCAUCAUGGGCCCGAUGGGACUGUGAAGGUGCUGCUGGAAGGCUUCCCCGCACGCUGGACCAUGGGUGAUCCCCGGUUCCCCGAAACCACGGAACCCACGGAACCCACGGAACUUCUCAGCGCUUAUGUGGGAGACAGCCAGCCGCCAUGCCCCGCAUCACUGGCCGGGGCACCCUGUGGCCCUGCUGAACCUGGUGGGGCGCAGACCUGGGCCUUGGACCCUCCCGAUUCUGCCAGGCCUGAUGCUUCAACCUGGGACUCCAGCUUCGAGGCCCCAGGGACCACUCACUCCCCGACAGCCGGCUCUACCAGUUCCACACAGGUGGUGUUCUGGGCGGGGAUCCUGCAGGCACAGAUGUGUGUGCUGGACCUGGAGGAGGAGCUGGAGAAGACAGACGGGCUCAGGGCCGAGCUGAGACGCUGCGUGCCCGUCCCACCCGCAGACCUGAGCCUCCCUGGGGAGGAGGCCUGUGCAGAAGAGAGAAGCAGCAUUGGCCCCGAGGAGUGCAGCCAGCAAGAGGAUGUGGCAGGCUUGUCCCCAGCCUGGGGGGCCGAGGAGGAGAGCGUGUUCUUCGACAACCCCCUCUUUCUGGACAGCCCUUGCUCCGACGCCAGUACUUCCGGGACGCGCUUUUCCUGGGUCUUCCCGGACUGCCUUGGGACAGGAAGGCCAGAGCCGGAGAGCCCCCAGAUGCCGGAGACCCUAGUCCCUAGAGCUGGGGAGCCAGGGGUGCCUGGAAGUGAGCUGGAGGGCGAGGAUGUCCCGACUGACUCUGGGGGCUCGGCCACGCCACCGUUCCCAGUGCCUACCUACAAGCUGCACUCCUCCUGGGCUGCCCUGGACACCCCUGAGGGGGCUCCCACAGCACCUCCCAAUUGGGAGGAGAGGGAGGCCCUCCCCUGCUCCCCAGGCACCCUGAGAGAAGAGGAUCCUUCCUGGCCGCCCCCAGAGCGGCCUCUCUCUGAGGACAGAGGCUCUUCAUCGGGUGACAAGGAUGCCGAGUGUCCCCAAGUGUCUGCUUUCUGUGCCUUGUCCCCUGGCCCCUGGGAGAGCUCAGCUUCUUCGCCGGAGCCAAAUAGCCCUGAAUCCGUGAGCAGAGAUGCUGGUUCCAGGACCAGCCUGGUGACUUCCGAGCCAGACAGCCUGCAGCCCCAGAGCCCGCCCUGGGAUCAUGAUGUUCCCAGAAGGAUGCUAGAUGCUUCAUGCCCAGCACUCUUGACCACCGAUGUGAUGGAACCGAGUUCCCCAGACACAGAGAAGCCAGAGAUGGCUCUAGACCCAGCCACCGAGGUCACCAGUGCCGACCCAGCCAGCACAGCAGCACCUGCCAUGGGGCUUGCUGAAGACCCUGUGCCCCCAGUCUGCAUCCCGGAAGAUGGCCAGGAGCCACCGACGGGAGAGAAGCUGGCAAAUGGGGUGAGACCUGACAAGGGGGCCUGGAAUCUGGCGUCUCGCCUCUUCCACCUGGAGGGUUUCCGCAAGUCAGAAGUGGCCGCCUACCUGCGCAAGAACAAUGACUUCAGCCGGGCCGUGGCCGAGGAGUACUUGUCUUUCUUCCAGUUUGGAGGCCAGAGCCUGGACCGCGCCCUCCGGGACUUCCUGCAGGCCCUCGUGCUCAGUGGGGAGACUCAGGAGCGGGAGCGAGUCCUCUACCAGUUCUCCCGACGCUUCCAUUACUGCAACCCAGGGCUCUUCUCCUCUGUGGAUUGCGUCCACACCUUGACCUGUGCCAUCAUGCUACUUAAUACGGAUCUGCACGGACAGAACAUUGGGAAGAGCAUGAGCUGCCAGGAAUUCAUCACCAACCUGCACGGCCUGCAAGACGGCGGAAACUUCCCCAAGGAGCUGCUGAAGGCCCUCUACUGGUCUAUCCGGAGUGAGAAGCUCGAGUGGGCCGUGGAUGAGGAAGAUGCAGCCAGACCUGAGAAGGCCCAGACACCGUCCCUGGCUGGCAAGCUGUGCAGUCCCCUCCUGCAGCUGGCACAGGAACCCACGGCACCCACCUACAAGAAGGGCAUUCUGGCACGCAAGAUGCACCAUGACGCUGACGGCAAGAAGACGCCUUGGGGCAAGCGUGGCUGGAAGAUGUUCCACACUCUGCUCCGCGGGAUGGUCCUCUACUUCCUGAAGGGAGAGGACUGCAACCCUGAGGGGGAGAGUUUGAUCAGGCAGAUGGUGGAUGAGCCCGUGGGGGUGCACCACUCCUUGGCCUCCCCGGCCACCCAUUACACCAAGAAGGCGCAUGUCUUCCAGCUGCGAACGGCCGACUGGCGCCUCUACCUCUUCCAGGCACCCACCGCCAAGGAGAUGGGCUCCUGGAUCGCCCGCAUCAACCUGGCCUCGGCCACGCACUCGGCACCACCCUUCCCGGCUGCAGUGGGCUCCCAGCGGAGAUUUGUCCGGCCAAUUCUGCCCAUGGGGCCGGCCCAGAGCUCCCUGGAGGAGCAGCAUCGGGCCCAUGAGAACUGCCUAGAUGCUGCCGCCGACGACCUGCUGGACCUGCAGAGGAAGCUGCCAGAGCGCCGGGGCCGCAGUCGCGAUGUGGAGGAGUACCGCUUGCGGAAGGAGUACCUGGAGUAUGAGAAAAGCCGCUACGAGACCUACGUGCAGGUGCUGCUGAGCCGUCUGCGCUGCCCAGACGAUGACCUGGACCUGUGGGAGGAGCAGCUGGCCCAGGAAGCUUGCGGCCCCCGGGAGCCCAAGUCCAGCCUGAAGAAGUCUCACUCCAGCCCAUCCCUGCACCAGGACGAGGCCCCCACCACGGCCAAGGUGAAGCGCAACAUUUCGGAGCGCAGGACCUACCGCAAGAUCAUCCCCAAGCGGAACCGCAACCAGCUGUGAAGCGGGGCUGAGCCCCAGUCUGGCCGGGCUGGCCCGAGGGCCGAGUCCCCUAGGGGCCCUUCUCCAUAGGACACUUCGCACUGCUGGGUGGGUCUCCAUUGCUGUGCACCCACAGCUGCCCUGCCCACCCGGCCCUGACCUGUGUGAGCCAGACGGGACGUGAGGACACUCUCUCCCAGACUGCGUGUAGCCUGUCAGCUUCUCCAGAGCCUGGUGGGCCUCGGAGCCUGUGCCAGCUGCUGUGUGCAGGUCUGUGAGUCAGUUCAGUGGGCCGGGCCGGGCCUCGGACACCCAGCACCCAGCAGUGGAGGCCUCUGUGUGGGACAGUGGGGGGUGGGGA